AUAUACUAUGUAAGUAUGUAUGCUCUGAGCUAUUUUCAGAGAAAUCAUUACAAAAUUUCCAGUUUUCUUCUUCCCCCAUUCCAAGGCUCCCACCGGUGAUAAUGGAAGUAAGAAACAAGUAUGUGUCCAUAAGGAAUAACAUAGAUGGUGCGCCACAAGAAUCUGACUUUGAGUUGAACACAGAAAUCCUGUCCCUCUCAGUUGAACCCGGUUCGAAAGAUGUUAUUGUGAAGAACCUGUAUGUGUCAAUUGACCCCUACCAGCUCAACCGGAUGAAGUCUCAAAGCUCGUCGCAGAAAUCCAUUAAUUUUGCCGUCGCCAUUACUCCCGGCGAGAGAAUUGAUGCAUGUGGAGUGGGGAAAGUUUUGGCCUCUGGUAGGGCCGAUAUCAAGAAGGAUGACUUGGUUACAGGUCUUCUUAGUUGGGGAGAAUACUGUGUACUGAAAGAGGGCAGUCUGCUGAAUAAGUUAGACCCCAUGGGCUUUCCACUGUCUCACCAUGUUGGAGUUUUGGGGUUUAGUGGACUUUCAGCAUAUGGUGGACUUUUUGAGAUUUGUAAACUUCAGAAAGGGGAGAAGGUUUUUGUGUCUGCAGCUUCCGGAUCAGUUGGAAACUUAGUAGGACAAUAUGCAAAGCUGUUUGGCUGUUAUGUUGUUGGCUGUGCUGGCUCCCAACAAAAGGUUAACGUACUUAAAGAGAAGCUUGGUUUUGAUGAUGCCUUCAACUACAAAGAAGAAUCUGACCUCAAUUCAACUCUUAAAAGGUGUUUUCCGGAAGGAAUAGACAUAUAUUUUGACAACGUGGGAGGAAGAAUGUUGGAAGCUGCAGUGGCCAACAUGAACACACAUGGAAGAGUUGCAGUCUGCGGCGUUAUUUCCGAGUACACAAACACCACAACGCGAGCUGCACCCAACAUGAUAGAUGUCAUUUAUAAGAGGAUCAAGAUCCAAGGGUUUCUAGCUUCUGAUUUCAUGAAAGUGUAUGCAGAUUUCUAUUCCAGAACAUUAGAGUACCUCAAAGCUGGGAAAAUCAAGGUGCUCGAAGACAUCUCGCAUGGCGUUGAGAACAUUCCCUCGGCUUUCAUAGGACUUUUUCGAGGCGACAACAUUGGGAAAAAGAUGGUCCAGAUUGCAGAUGAAUGAAGUGAUGGUCCAAGUUUCUAUCGUGUUACUUUAGCUGGAUGCAUGUUUUAAGCAGCUAAAUCGUUAAUAUUUUUAAUGAAAAAAAUGUUAAAUAGGCUAUUGGACCUAUUACUAUUGUGUAAUUGGUUCGCUGAAUUUAAGGGGUGUGUAAUCAAACUAUUAAACAAACAAAUUAAAAUAUGUUUAAUUGGAAUA